GUCGGCGAAUACGGAGCGAAUUUGUUAAAAUCGAAUAAAAGUACAAAAGUAUAAAACAACAAGAAGGGAAGCCUAAAUAAGGCAAAAAAAAUAUAGAACAUAGAAUUCAAUAAAAAAAAUAUCAUUUGAAGAUAACGCGAAAAUUAAGCGUCGCCUCUUGAGACAUGAUUUUGAAACGCGAACUCGCUAAAACGCUUUUAUUUUUGGCACUUUAUCUACUCGCGCCGAGUGCCGCACAAAGCGAGGAAGAAAGUGUAGAUGCUGACUCCGAAACAGUUGAAGACAAUGUAGAGCUGGGUUUGCUAACGUACGACUCGGUUGAGAACACGCCCAUAAAUACCGCCGAACCGACAACUACAAUAAAAGCAACUGCAGAUUCAAAGAAUUUUGAGAACACAAACAAUUUCGAAGAUGAGUUAAAAACAACUGAGGAUUCGAAUAAUUUUGAGAACACAAACACUUACGAAGAUGCGCGACCACAACUACGUAACAUCAAGAGUUUGGACGAAAAUUGUCUUGAGAGCUAUUGCUACAAUUUCCGCUAUGAACGGCUCGAUGAGGUGGCCUUCUUCGAUAUUAAAACGGAGGUGCGUAUUAAUAAAGAAGCUACCACCUAUGAUAUUGUGAAUGGACGCAAUUACGAUACGCUGAUCUUUGAGAAUUCCACAUUCGCGCGCUUUCCGCUAAAUCUCUUCUAUGCGGUGAACGUUAAGGAGUUGGAUAUGCGUAACUGUUCCAUACAAGUGGUGACGUGGGAGUGUUUUCUGAUGGCACAAAAUCUACGCAUACUAUUGCUCUCUAACAAUCGCCUGCAGGUGAUCACCACGAACACUUUCAAAUACGCGAGUGAACUGCAAUAUCUAUUUCUCGAUUCGAAUCGUUUGGUACAAUUGGAUAGCGAUAGUUUUGAGGGAUUGACGGCGUUGCGUUAUUUGGAUAUGAGUCAUAAUCGGCUGACACAACUACCGAAGCGUCUGUUUAACUAUCUCCCCGCUUUGGAGGAGUUACGUCUGGACAAUAAUCGCAUACGCACGCUAAGCAAUCAGCCUUUCGUAAAUAAUUUGAAUUUAUUGAUACUCUCGAUGAGCGGUAAUCAGCUUGAGCAGAUUGACGAUAACACAUUCCGACGUCAGUCGAAGUUCAUCAUUUUGGAUAUUACGAAUAAUCCGAAAUUGAGCAAACUCGUCUUGCUGCUGCAAUUGCAUAAUUUGGUCGCCGCCAAUUGUGCGCUUACGCGUGUCAACGUUUACGGUUAUGUUCGCAACGUCGAUCUCAGCUACAAUCACAUACAAGAAUUGUACUUUGCGCAACCGGAUCAACUGAAAACGUUGUCAUUACGUAACAAUUCGUUGCAGCAGGUUGCCUCGCUGUCGCGCGCCACCGAGUUGCAAGUGCUCGAUUUGGGUGAUAAUCCGCAGUUGCGUACACUGCCCUCACCGUGGUUGGCGAACUCUUUGAAACGUUUGGAUCUCGGCAAUACGGGCUUGCAGCAAUUGCCCAUCGAGGCAAUCGCCGAGCAAACGCAAUUGAGCUUUCUCAAUGUAUCCUACAAUCAGUUGCGCGAGAUCAAUCCGCAAAAUUUUAAGUAUCUGGAGAAGUUGAGCAAUUUCGAUAUACGCGGCAAUGAUUGGAACUGCUACAAUUUGAAUAUACUUAUGGAUAUACUGCUUAAGCCGCACAAUAUUGCUUACGGUCACGAUGUAAUGGACAGUGAAUUUCCGGGCGAAUAUAUCAACGAUAUUGCAUGUAUGUAUCGUAUCGAGGAUGCGGAAGACUUUGACUCUAGCAUUGAUCAGUCUAGCAGUAGUGCAAAUGCGGUGGAUAAACUAGCACAACUGCAAAAGUAUCCACAAGAAGAGUUGGAAAGCUUGCGUAGGGAGCUUAAAGCUAUUGUGGGCAUUUAUGAACAAAAAUUCGAUCGUGCUUUUCAGCUGAUCGAGAACUUGAAUGCGCGUUUGCGCGCCUUUGAGAAGAUGAAUGCUACGCUCUUCCAGCAUGUUACAAUAACUGUAUAAAUAUGCAUUAAACGGCAAAUAUUUCAAUAUAAAUUACAUGUUUUUGCUGUCAUAUCAAUUUAUUUCAAAAUAUAUAUGUAUGUGUGUGUAUUAAUAAAAA